AUAUUAUAUUAUAUUAUAUAAUAAGUAACAAAAAAGUUAAAAAAAAAUCAGUUGUGCCAUGAAAAACUGUCAAAAAGCCGCCAUAAUAAAGUUGCCCAAUUAUGACUUAAAAAGUUUCACUUGUCUGUGGCAACCUCACACCUGUCAUGUCAUUCCGUAGUAUGGCGUGGCGUGGUUAAAUUUAUCCUUCAUCCGUCACGUUCAUAUCUCUACUUAUGUGAAGUGCCUUAGAAACGCGGGGCGGCCUUAGUCAUGAUGAUGUCGCGAAGUGGUCGGAUCAGCAUGCUGCUGGAGGCAGCUCGGGUGAUGGAGGAGGCGGAACGAUUACUCCAUGUUCAUGUUAAAGAAGAGGCAGUUGAGAUAGAAGAUGACACAUCAAAAGAGGGGGAGCCGUGGGACGACACAGCAGCCUUGACCGAGGUGGUGACAGCACAGUAUGACCCAAAUGGUGAUGAUGAGGUCAAGGAUGACCUCGAGAGGGGCCCAGUGCGGCUAGUGCGGCCUGUUGUAGCAUAUGCUAUUAGUGCUGCUAUAGAAGAAGCGCGAGCCGUGGCAGCCGGACAACAACCACUUGAACAACAACCGGCCCCCAUACAACAACCAGCCCUCGUACAAUCCCCUGAACAACAACCUCCCACACAACCCCCUGAACAACAACCUCCCACACAACCCACUGAACAACAACCUCCCACACAACCUCCCACACAACCCCCUGAACAACACCCUCCCACACAACCCACUGAACAACAACCUCCCACACAACCCACCGAACAACGACAAGGUCCAGAGCAAACCAGUGAAGCACAACAUCUUGAGCUUAGACCCUGCGCCAUCAGGCCUGAACCCAUUGCUGUCCCCGAAGCUCCUUUCAAACACCAAGAACAACAGGAAACCAACCACGAGGAGACUCCAACCACUCAUAAACAAACCUACUUAGAAAAGGAAGUAGAUAGUGUCCCUGAAGCCAAUGUGAUUGAAUACAAUGUUGAAGUUAGCACAGAAAACCAAACAGAAGAUGAAAAACUGUCGGAUUGUGAAGAGAAACUCAUCUAUGAAGAUGAUAUUCAUAUUCAGGAAGAUUUUCAAGAAAAAAUCCCAGAAGUAAACAGCGAAGAAAAAGAAAACCCAUAUAUUUGUGAUAUAUGUAAGGAAAAGUUUGAGUCGAAAAUGGAUUUGAUAGAACAUGUUAUGAUACAUAUACACAUGGAAGAAGAUAAACAUGAUGUUGACGACGUGCCAAGCGCGGAAGAUAAGGAUGAAAUCAAUGAUAAUAGGACAAGUAUAGAAAUUGAAGAAGAAAAGAUAGAUAUUGUAGAAAAUAUGACAAACACAGAGACAGAAGAUAAAGACAAUGUUGUUGAAGUCUUGCCAAGCAUCGAGCAUGAUGUCGCUGUAAUCAUGCGAAGCAUGGAACAAGAAGAGGACAAGAAUGAUGUUGAUAUCAUGCCAACAGAACAAGAAGACAAAGAUGAUGUUGAAAUCAUACAAAGUACGGAGCAUAAUGUUGAAAUCCUGCCAAGCAUACACCAUGAUGUUGCUGUAAUUAUGCAAAGCAUGGAACAAGAGGAAGACAAAAAUGAUGUUGAAAUUGUACCAAGCAUGGAGCAUGAUGUUGAAAUCGUACUAAGUACGGAGCAUAAUGUUGAAAUCCUACCAAGCAUAGACCAUGAUGUCGCUGUAAUAAUGCAAAGCAUGGAACAAGAGAACAAGGAUGAUGUUGAAGUAAUACCAAGUACGGAGCAUGAAGUUGAAAUCCUGCCAAAUACGGAGCAUAAUAUUGAAAUCUUGCCAAGCAUAGACCACGAUGUCGCUGUAAUUACGCAAAGCAUCGAACAAGAGGACAAGCAUGAUGUCGAAAUGGUGCCGAUCAUGGAUCAUGAUGUUGAAAUCGUGCCAAGCACACAACAGGAUGACAAAGAUGAUGUUAUUGAAAUCAUGCCAAGUAUAGAACAGGAAGACAAAGAUGAUGUUGAAAUCGUGCCAAGCACACAACAAUAUGACAAAGAUGAUGUUAUUGAAAGUAUAGAACAGGAAGACAAGAUUGAAAUCGUGCCAAAUUUGGAAGAAGAUAAGCAUGAUGUUGAAAUCGUACCAACAGACCAGGGGCAUAAAGGCAAAUCAGUAAGAAACAUGCUAAGUGUGGAGCCGGAGGACAAGUCAGAAAUUAUAGAUCUCGUUGAUGAUGAUGGAGAGGAUAUGCCAAGCAUGGAGAUUGAAGUGGAUAGGGCUGGUGAGGAGAAAGUAGAACCAAGUCUCUCGCUGCGAACCUUCGUGCCGCGUGACUGCUUCGUGAGACUCGAGCGCUGUGACAUCUCACCCUACAUCACAACACGCCGAAAACCCGCCAAAACCCCCAGCGCAGCUCCCGAAUCCAACCAGAAAGAUGCCGACAAACACCAACAUAAUGCAGUCACGAACACAUACGACUGCGAUACAUGCGGCAGAUCAUAUAGGCAGAAACGUCAUCUGAAACGACAUGUUAAAAUGCAUUUGCGAACACAGUUCAAAAAGCCAAAGAAACGAAAAGAUUUCAGACAACCGCCGUUCCUUUGUUUAGUAUGCAACAAAGAAUUCACGCGAUUAUGGUCAUUACAGAUGCAUGAAAGAAUUCACACAGGGUUGAAGCCAUACUCCUGUGAAUACUGUGAUAAACAAUUCUCAGUUUUAGGAAACUAUGAAAUACAUAAACGUGUCCAUACCGGUGUAAGACCAUACUCUUGUAAGUUAUGUAAAAAAACUUUCACGCAAGUCGGCCAUUUGAGGACGCAUCAACGAGGCCACACUGGAGAAAAGCCUUAUUCCUGCGAAAUAUGCAAGAAGAGUUUUACGCGCUCUACUCAAUUGAAAACACAUAUGCGGAUACAUACCGGUGAGAAGCCGUUCUCAUGUGAGACAUGCCACAGACAAUUCAAGGAAAUGGGCACUUUAAAGAUGCAUAUGAGAAUACACACUGGGGAGAAGCCAUACUCUUGUGAAGUAUGUAAAAAAGGUUUCUCGCAAUCAAGCGCUUUAAACGUGCAUAAACGCAUACACACCGGUGAGAGGCCUUACGGUUGCGAAACGUGUCAGAAGCGGUUCGCAGAUUUGAGUACUUUAAAGGCACAUAGGCGUAUACACACAGGGGAAAAACCGCACUCCUGUAAGAUGUGCAAUAAGGCAUUUACGCAAUUGGCUAAUUUGAGGAUGCAUGAAUGGCGAAACUCGUGUACAAAAAAAGAUGAAGUUAUUAAGCCUUUACCAUGAAAAACUGAAUUGUGUUCUCAUUGUUGUUAUUAAUGCAGUAUCUUUUACAGUAUUUAUUGUAUGAACAAACUUAUCUAUGUUAACUUGACCGACUUAUCAAAAAAUUCUUACUUUUGUUGCACAAGUAUUUUAUGUUUUAUUCUUCUUUUUAAAAAUGAAUGUUGAAUGUUUAAAAAAUGUAGCAUUGCACCUUUGCUUCCCAUUGUAUUUUACUAUGUUUUUCACACUUGUCAAAUAAUUCUUUCUUUUGUUGUACUAGUCUUUUAUAUUAUAUUAUUUUUAAAAAUGAAUUUUGAACAUUUAAAAAAUCUAUGAAGUGUUUACACAACGUUUUUUACUGCCAAUAAAAGUGAACAUGAUAAAAAUACAAUACAUGUAACA